UGACCAGCUGAUCGGUCAGCGCACGUCGCGUCGGGACGCGUGCUGAGAGGAGGCGUGCUGUCGCACGGGGUCGAGGAAUGCCAGCCAGGCUCGAGAGAUUGGUCAGCCACGAGGUCGUGCUCUCGAUCGCGCAGAGCGGACCGUGCCAAAGGAUGCUGCGCGGCGAAUGAACCCACCUCCUACCACGCGUUCGAGACUAUUGACAAUCACCGAAUGCGAGCGCACGCACGACGCUCGCCAGACUCAUUGCUGAACGUGCCGAAGAUGCGUCGAUCACGGCUUUCCACGGCAAGAACCAUGUCAUAUUCCAUCAACAGAAGACCUUUGCUGGGAGGUGCGUCUGAUAGUGAAUUUGAGGAUGAUUUCGAGACCGAAGUAGAUGAUCCUAACAUCACAAUACCUGAUGAAAAGCCGUUUUUGAAACCCUUUGAGCUACAUGACAAAUAUAAUCUUACAUAUAUUGUAUUUUAUUUGCUCGGAAUAAAUACGUUAAUUCCAUGGAGUUUUUUUAUUACUGCUGACGAUUACUGGAUGUAUAAAUUUAGAGAAAUUCAUAAUAAUUCGACGAAUCUUACUCAUACAUAUGCAGAGCUGCUUGAGCAGAAAACAGAUCUUCAAGCUAGUUUUACUUCUUAUUUAAGUGUAGCCAGUGCAUUGCCAAAUACCUUGUUUUUAAUAAUAAAUGCAUUCAUUAGCAAAAGAAUUUCUCUAACUGUUCGAAUGGUGGGUUCACAAUGUACAAUAUUGUUACUAUUCAUCUUGACGACUAUAUUUGUCGAAAUGGAUACUGACAAAUGGCAAAACACGUUCCUAAUAAUUACUUUGACAACCGUUGCGUUUGUAAAUGCUGCGAGCGCAAUUUUUGGAGGCAGCCUAAUGGGUAUAGUGGGCAAAUUUUCGCCUAAAUAUAUAACCGCUAUGUCUGGUGGUCAAGCCCUUGGCGGAAUAUUCACGGCCCUAGCGGAAAUAUGUUCCUUGUGGAUAGGCGCUAGUCCAGUCCUUUCUGGUUUAGUCUAUUUCAUUAUUGGCAAUAUCAUGCUUUUAUUAUCGCUAAUUGCGUAUAUUCUUUUGGAAAGGACGUCAUUUUUCAAGCAUCACAUGAUAGAGAAAGUAUCUGAUCGUUUGGAAUCUGAUUAUUCUAUAAAUGCAGAAGUCAGUUUUGCGGCAAGUCCAAGUGUACCCUACGUGCGGAUCGUAAAGAGAAUCUGGCAUUAUGGUGUUAGCAUAUUUUUAGUAUUUUUCAUAUCUUUAACCGUGUAUCCGGCGGUCACUGUGCUAGUGGAGAGUCAAUACAAAGGCAAAGGCUAUGCAUGGAAUGAUAUAUAUUUCGUACCUGUGGUUACAUACCUCAUUUUCAGUAUGGGCGAUUAUGCUGGUAGAAUUUUAUCUGGUAUUUUUCAAUGGCCUAGAAACAAACCAUGGCUUAUAAUGUUCAUGAGCAUCGCUAGGGCCAUUUUUAUACCUGUGUUCAUGUUUUGUAACGCACAACCGAGGCAUCAUCUAUUCGUUUACAUUCAUAAUGAUAUAUAUUAUAUCUUAAUAACCAUUGCAUUUGCUGUAACCAACGGUUAUCUCUGUAAUUUAACGUUUAUUCUUGUGCCCACAGUCGUAGAUAGUCAAGAAAAAGAAAUUGCGUCUGCAAUGAUGGGUGCUUUCUUAGGUAUAGGAUUAGCAUCUGGCGCUGCGCUUAGUUUAUACAUGGUGAAGGCUCUUUAAUGAUUGAUCCUAUAACUGAAGACGAAUGUAAAUGAAAUAUAUGAUCUCAUCACUGCCCUUUAUACAUUCGAACUCGGGUAGGAUCACGCGAAUGUUUUAUGACUACAUGAUAUUAACUUAAAUCUGUUCAUUUAUAAUACUCGAUCGUCAUCUCGGUAAACAUUGCUAUUAAUUCGUAGAUCUUUCCUUUGAGAGAAAUUUCGCAGUGGAAAAUUAGAACAGAAAUCUAUAUCAGACGUUAUUUUUACUAGUUUUAAAAUUAUUUUAUUCUAGGACUGUAUGAUGCAAUUUUGUAUCAUAUUUAACUUUACUAUUCGGACAUAGUAGUUGACAUGUGUCGAAUUACUAGACAUAAAAUGUUGAUGUUAUGCAUAAAAAUCAUUCUUAGAAAUUUAUAUAUAAUUUAUAAUACAUUUAUUAUAUAAGUUCUAAGAUAAAAUGUGUGUAACUACAGACGUUAAAUGUACAUAUGAUAUAUCAAGGGAACAAAUAUAUAAAAUAUUUGUAACUCUGAUAACAUUGUAUAAGUUAUGUACAUUUAUUUUUAACAUAGCAUCUGCAUUAAAGAAAUAUAUAUAUAAUUGACGUGUGAAAUAGAAAGGAUAUACAAUGAAUAUUAGUAUUAUUGAUACGAUAUUAAACUCGUUAUACAUAAACAAUUUUACAUAUUGUUAUCAAUAAAUAAGUCUUAAUUACAUAACUCUCUUUAUCUAUGUAAAAUAAAACCUUAAAGAAAUC